AUGUCAAGAGCACAGUUUCUGAGGGAAUACAAAUUGGUCGUUGUCGGAGAUGGUGGUGUGGGAAAGUCUGCCCUCACGAUCCAAUUCAUCCAGAGCCACUUUGUGACAGAAUAUGACCCUACGAUCGAAGAUUCGUACCGGAAGCAAUGCGUGAUCGACGACGAAGUCGCUCUGCUAGACGUGCUUGAUACCGCAGGCCAAGAGGAAUAUGGGCCGAUGCGUGAGCAAUACAUGCGCUCCGGGGAAGGAUUCCUACUCGUCUAUUCCAUCACGUCGCGGGCGUCGUUCGAGGAACUGAGCAACUUCCAUCAGCUGAUCUUGCGUGUGAAGGAUCAGGACUCCUUCCCAGUCAUCGUGGUGGCGAACAAGAGUGACUUGGAAUACGAACGUCAAGUAGGCAUGAAUGAGGGUCGUGCUCUGGCAAGACACUUCGGCUGCGAGUACAUCGAGACAUCAGCAAAACACAAACUUAAUGUGGACGAAGCCUUCUAUACGCUUGUCCGAGAGAUCAGGCGACACAAUAAGGAGCAGCAGACAGGCCGUCCCGCGCAGCCCGGUAUGCAUACGGAGCCUGGCAACGCAUCAAGGGCCGACUCCGACGAUGCCGGCUGCUGCGGUAGAUGCAUCGUCGCGUGA